GAGCAGAAAACAAGCAAGCAGCCAUAGCCUUUCCAUCAAAGACUAGCGACCGUUCUCUCUCAAAACAAGCGGCCGAUGUCGACAUAUGGGGUGAAGGUUGGGAUGUUUGGUGGGUCAAAUGGUGAUGUCUACGACAUCGCCGAAUUGACGAGCUCUGCGCCGUCAAGCCUUAGGAGCUUGGAGAUUUGGAGCACGUCGGGCCACGAAGGGAUCAUCAACGCCAUAUCCUUCACCUUCGUGGACAGCAAAAACCAUAUGAACAAAGCAGGUCCAUGGGGCACCCCGCUUCCUGGCCAGAAGAGCAAGACUAUCCACUUGACAAACGUGCGUAUCACCGAGCUCUCCGGCUACACUUACGAUGGAUACAUCACCUCGCUCACCUUCCGCACCACCGACGCCCAGAAGCACCAUGGCCCGUUCGGAAAAGUGAGGCCGAAAGCUGGAGCCGACACCCAUUUCCGCAUCCCUCUCAUGAACGGCUCUAUCGUCGCCUUCUGCGCCCAAGCCGACGACUACCUCAGCGCCAUUGGUGCUUAUCUCAAGAUCUGAUUGACCCAUCAUAUGUAUGAUCUACAUAUGAUUCGGUUCGCUAGCUACCAAGACUAGCCAGAAGGUUACUUUGUGUGUGUGUGCGUGUGUGCGUGUGUGCGUGUGUGCGUGUGUGCGUGUACCUCGUUGUUCAAUAAGGCGGCAGCACGCUAGCUACCCCGACUGGCAGGUUGCUCUCCGUGCGUUAAUGUUAAUGUUGGUGUUAGUGAUUGGUCCCUUGCUGUUUAAUGUUUUGCUGGUGAUGUUUAUUGUGUUGGUCAAGCAUGUAAUAGUAAGUUUCAAAUUUAAGUAAUUUCCGAACAACAUGAAACCCUGCUUGCGAGACACAGAUUUAAUCU